CACUUAUUUUGUACUUUUACUUAAGUAGGAAUUUGAAUGCAGGAUUUUUACUUGUAUUGGACUACUUUUGCUUUGUUGCAUUAGCGCUUUUACAUAAGUAAAGGAUCUGAAUACUUCUUCCAAUACUGAUUUCAGACUUUGUGUACAACAUAAGAUGGAUGAUGUGGAAGUGGGAGACACCAACAGUGCUCUAGUCUCUUCUAAUAAUCCUCCUGGCUCCACUUAGCUCCUACUGUCAAAGUGCAUUUCUACUAUUUCUUGUUAGGGCAGGAGACAUUGUAACAUAUGGCACUUCUUACAAUAACAUGGAGUGAACAGGAGACAAAACUGAUGGCUACAUGAAGAUUUAAUGCCAACUGCUGUAAGAAACAAUUAAAAUCCAGUUUGCUUCAAAAGCUAUUCAAAAUGUAGAAAUUUAACUGAGAUACUACAUCUUCACAUUUCCUCUCUUUGUGUCACAGUGGGAACUCUCCUGCUCCAGGGCCAGACUCCGUCCUGUUAUCAGCCCAGGUGAUUGAGAGCAGAGACAGACCACCAUCUCUCUAUAGAGGGCACCCACAGACCCAGAAUGUCUUGUUUGCUAGAGCUGUGUACAUUUUGUAUUUGAAAGAGCAGCAAGUCAAUGAAUCUCGAUAAUGCGAGAGCUGGGCCACAUAACUCACGUUGAUAGUCCUUACAUUGUGCCAAGAGGCAAUAAAUCUGCUCUGGGAGACAUGAAUAUGCAGUGGCAGUCAGUCUGGCUUGUUCUUGCUUGCAUGCCCCCUGAUGCACAGUUUAUUCCUCUCCCCCAUUCCAAACAGAAAAAUAAAACCAAUGAGCCGCAGCACUAUCUCAUCAACAGUGUUCUAUUAAGCACAAAGAAAUGUAGCAGUGCAUUUUUCAAAAUAUGCUUAAAAACAGCAAAUUAUUAAUAUAAAAAAUUGCCAUUUGUAGUGUUGGCUUAUUAGGAAUAUAAAAUGUAAAAUAUCUACCAUAAUUAUCAUUACUAUUUAUAAUGUCAAAUGGGUUUAUAUUUUUCCAGGAAAUAUCUAUCUGCCUGUCUGUCUAUCUAUCUAUCAGCAUAUUAAAAAUGCCUCUAGAUCUAAAACGUGAUUAAGUAACCCAGAAAGUAUUUUCAUUAAAGAGUUAAAAAUUAAUCCUAGAGGCUGCAGCUUUCAUCCUUCCAAAGUUAAUUUCAGCCUUUUGAUGACGCUAGAAGUUUGAGUUAUCUGUUUUAUGCAUAAAACACUUACUGAAAUCUGUACCAUAAACAGGUAAUUCAAUACUUUCAGCCCGGCUUUGCCUCCUCCACUGCAGUGGUGAGAGAGACAUGAGCAACACUCUCUAUGUGAUUGUAUACGUAACCUGCAGCUUAUAUUUGACGGCUCUUUGUAAGGCAUGAAAAAUGGACAGCCAGAUAGGCACCAGGCAGUUAAGGGAGUUUAAUAUACUCUUUGACACAGACAGAACGUCUCAAAUAACAACGAUAAGAAGCCUGCUUUGUCAAUGGCCCAAUCCUCAGCUGACACUUAUUUCACUUAUGCAAAUAAAUCAUUCCAUUCACAAUACUGUAGGCAGCCGGGGAGUUUCCAUCUUCUUCGCUUGGGGGCAAAGAAAAAAAAUCUCAGUGCAGUAAAUAAGAAAUCUGUAUCUCUAACAUUCCUGGAAACAUAAAAUCUCAUGAUAUAAAAUAUGAAGAAAUUAACGGAUAACAUACUGCACGUGUAUACAACAACUGGAAAAGUAGAGAACUGGGUCAUUAUUCGGAUCCCUCUGACCUCCGUAAAAUACUUCUUGGACAUAGUUGACAAGUAUGCGUAACGACGCGCGCCUCUAGUGGCACCGUGGAAGGAGGGUCGUCAGACGCACGCAGAUGCACGGCUUUCUGCACUACCUUCAUCUAGCACAAACUUGCAGAUUUAUAAAAUGAACACUGUGUAACAAAGAGCCUUUUUGAACAGAUUUGGACGUUCAAUAACUAGCCUCGUGCCAUCACGGUGCGCAACUGGAGAGAAGCGUCGCGGAGCGGCUUUUCCACCUUCUCAAAGUAUCUCUGUGUUACAGGAACAGUUUCCAUGACUGGAAUUAGGGACUGGAGUGUUUAAACUGCAAUAAGCAUUUUCUGAAUGUCUGAAGUGCGUUCAAAUUCCUCAGCACACAUCGUGUAACGCUUUUCUCUGUUUGUCUUUCGGGCGAAAAAAUCGUUCGAGGCGACCCAAAGUUCCGCAGGCGCAGUUCUCCUCCUCCACAGCGGUGCGGGAGUCUGGCUCGGCUGUUGCCGUGGUACUUGCCAGUAGACAGUAGCAUCGGCGGUAGGAGGGGAUACAGAGACUCCUGCAGGCUACUUGUAGCAGCCUGCGUUCGCAGGUGUAUCACUGAUCCGCCUGUGAGGGACUGGGGCUUCAUCCCGAUCGAGCCGCUCUCAGACUUGUGAGUAACAGAAAAAAAAACCCUGAGAGAAUGUUGCACCAAGUACAAUGAGCGCAAUUUUGUCGCAGACCCCAAAAUCCAUAUAUGCUCCGUCGAAUUCAGUUUUGAUGAGCAAUUCUGAGUCGUCUUUGGAAUUUUAAAAAAAGUGGAUCCCGCGACUUUACAACCAUGCGAAAUACUUGGCUGUCUCCCCGGAGUGCGAUUUGGGAAUACUGGACAUCGCUGAUUGCAUGUCUCUUUUGGAUUCAGUACUCUUACGGGAUGCCUCAUGUUAUCCGAAUAGGUGGGAUUUUCGAACAAACAGAUGGACCUGUUUCACUUGUUAGCGCUGAGGAGCUUGCCUUUAAAUUUGCUGUCAAUAACAUUAACAGAAACAGGACUUUGUUGCCAAACACAACAUUAACAUAUGACAUACAGAGGAUUAAUAUCUACGACAGUUUUGAGGCGUCAAGAAAAGCUUGUGACCAGCUGUCUUUAGGUGUGGUUGCAAUAUUUGGGCCCUCACAUAGUUCAUCGUCAAAUGCUGUGCAGUCCAUCUGCAAUGCAUUGGAAGUGCCGCACAUCCAGGUGCGGUGGAAACAUCAUCCCAUGGACAACAGGGACAGCUUUUAUGCCAAUUUAUACCCGGAUUAUUCUUCACUAAGCUAUGCUAUCCUGGACCUGGUGCAGUUUCUCAAAUGGAAAACAGCCACUGUCGUAUACGAUGACAGCACAGGUCUUAUAAGACUACAGGAGCUGAUUAUGGCCCCGUCCAGGUACAACAUCAGGCUAAAGAUCCGGCAGCUUCCUCUUGACACGCAGGACACGAGACCCCUUCUCAAAGAAAUGAAGAGAAGCCGGGAGUUCCGCAUCAUCUUUGACUGCAGUCACCAAAUGGCUGCACAGAUUCUCAAACAGGCCCAGACCAUGGGGAUGAUGACAGAGUAUUACCACUAUAUCUUCACCACUCUGGACCUGAUGGCUAUUGACCUGGAGCCGUAUCGCUUCUGUGGUGUCAACAUGACCGGCUUCCGCAUCCUCAACGUUGAUAAUCCCCAGGUCGCAUCCAUUGUGGAGAAAUGGUCGAUGGAAAGGCAGAUACCACCUAAACCUGACUCAGGCCUGCUGGAGGGAAUCAUGACGACAGAUGCAGCUCUGACCUAUGAUGCAGUCCACAUUGUGUCCGUCUCAUACCAACAUGCUCCACAGAUGACCGUAAACUCACUGCAGUGCCACCGCCACAAACCCUGGAGAUUUGGAGGGCGCUUCAUGAGUUUCAUCAAAGAGUCCCAUUGGGAUGGUUUGACGGGGAGACUGUCAUUCAACAAGACAACUGGUCUGCGUACAGACUUCGACCUGGACAUCAUCAGUCUAAAAGAGGAUGGACUUGAAAAGGUCGGGAAGUGGAGUGCGUCUGGAGGUCUUAACAUCACAGAAGUGCCGAAGCGAAAAGGGAUGAACAUUACUGAUUCCCUGGCUAACCGCUCCCUCGUCAUCAGCACCAUCCUGGAGGAGCCAUAUGUCAUGCUUAAGAAGUCUGACAAGGCGCUGGUUGGGAACGACCGCUUCGAAGGAUUCUGCAUCGACUUGCUCAAAGAGCUGGCUAACGUCCUGGGCUUCACGUAUGAGAUCCGUCUGGUGCCUGAUGGGAAAUAUGGAUCUCAGGAUGAGAAGGGCCAGUGGAACGGCAUGAUCAGGGAACUUAUAGAACAUAGAGCAGACUUGGCAGUUGCUCCUCUCACCAUCACCUACAUGCGUGAAAAGGUCAUCGACUUCUCCAAGCCCUUCAUGAGCAUGGGAAUCAGCAUCCUCUAUCGCAAACCCAAUGCCACCAACAACGGCUUCUUCUCCUUCCUGAACCCCAUGACUCCUGACAUCUGGGUCUACAUCCUCUUGGCCUACCUGGGUGUUAGCUGUGUCCUCUUUGUCAUUGCCAGGUUCAGCCCAUAUGAAUGGUACGACGCCCAUCCUUGUAACCCCGGAUCAGAUGUAGUGGAAAACAACUUCACUCUCCUCAACAGCUUCUGGUUUGGAGUCGGUUCCUUAAUGCAACAAGGCUCAGAACUGAUGCCCAAAGCCCUGUCGACCAGGAUCAUCGGUGGGAUCUGGUGGUUCUUCACACUCAUCAUCAUAUCAUCCUACACAGCUAAUUUAGCAGCUUUUCUAACAGUGGAGAGAAUGGACUCGCCUGUGGACUCAGCCGAUGACAUCGCUAAGCAGACCAAGAUUGAGUAUGGUGUGGUCAAAGACGGUGCAACCAUGUCUUUCUUCAAGAAAUCUAAGGUUUCUACUUUUGAGAAAAUGUGGGCCUUUAUGAGCAGCAAGCCAAGCACAUCAUUGGUGAAGUCUAUUGAGGAUGGGAUUCAGAGGGUGCUGAAGUCUGACUAUGCCCUCAUUAUGGAGUCCACAACUAUCGAUUACAUCACUAGGAGUAACUGUAACCUGACACAGGUGGGAGGGAUCAUCGACAGCAAAGGCUAUGGCAUCGGCACUCCCCUUGGCUCCCCGUACAGGGACAAAAUCACCAUAGCAAUUCUAAGCAUCUUGGAGGAUGGGCGCCUACACAUGCUGAAGGAGAAGUGGUGGAGUGGGAGCAGCUGCUUGGAUGAAGAGCGUCGCGAGACAGGCCCCAUGGGUAUCCAGAACCUGGGUGGUAUAUUCAUUGUGCUGGCAUCUGGCCUAGUGCUGUCAGUUUUUGUGGCAAUUGCUGAAUUCAUCUACAAGCUAAGGAAGACUGCAGAACGUGAGCAGGUCUUUGUGCAGUGCCAUGGUGGACGAGAUCAGACUGUCGUUCACCUGCGAGAGGCGGGUGAAACACAAGCCUCAGCCUCCAGUCAUGGUGAAGACGGAUGCAGUGAUCAACAUGCACGCCUACAACGACCGACGACUCCCAGGAAAGGACAACAUGAGCUGCAGCACUGGGAUGACUCCUGUGUUCCCCUGACAAUGUGUUCCCCCCAGGGCAAGAACCUCCUGAGCAACGUGUCAGGGGUGGUGCCAGAGACUAGAGACAAUGGCAUAGACGGGAUCACCAGAUUCACCAUUAACCACAGUGACAUGGGGACACUAACAAAACAUGGGCAACUCAAAAUGGCAGCAUCAGCCACACAGGUAUGACAACAUUCACCACUGUAUUCCAAACCACAAGAGGUAAAAGAAAUAGUUAAGGGAGGUUCUGGGAAAACAGUAUACCCAAAUAAUCAGUUUCAAGUCUGAUGUUUACGUGCGCAACACAAAAACACAAGAAAAUACACGUCAUUUGAGGAAUCCUCAAUCAGUGAAAAGACAGAAUUUUAUUCGAAAAUAUGGACUGAAGCAAGAAGAAAGGCUUGGUUAAGAAUGGCAAUAAAUGAGAGCUAUACAUGGAGGACAAGGAAGAGCAGUUUUCAUUGGAGAUCGGUUUUGCCAGUGCCACACAUUAAAAUUAUAUCAAGUUCUUACCUUUAUCCUGUUGAUUUAUACAAACUCUUGAAUGGCCUUUGACAGUGGAAAAUAAUGUUACCUCAAACAUGUGGAGAUCUUUUGAAAGCAUGGUUCACAGCGACACAUAUGAUAACCUGUAGGAAUACUCAUUCAGUAUCUGCAGUAUUGUUAUUGGUGGAAACCCACAGUGAGAUACAACUGUUCAACAGUAAAUAUAUGUUUGUUGAAGUUGUCAUGUGAAAUUAACUAUAUUAUUACACAGAAACUAUUAAUCAUUGAAGCAAAGCAAAGCUGGAGUGGGGAGACGUCUUUGUUAAAAGAAUCCACUAUGGACCAUUGGAUCAUGUUGUUAUUGGAUUAGAUUUAUUUGAGAAGAAGUACAUUUUAUGUAAAAAAUAAUUUUGUACAUGAAUUUUAAUCAGUUAAAUUGCCAAAGAUCUGACAAUUCAACAGAACUAUUUACAGUACAGUAUGGGUCAGUUUCUCCUCACUUAGCUUUUUAGAGAGCAAUUAUUUUGUGUUCAAUGCAAAGUAAAUUGGAGUGGUUUAAAUGGGACUAUUAAGGGAUCUUGCUAUAACAGUUUUUCCAACAAUGCAGGGUAAUAUAUAUCCAAAGUUAAUUGUAUUUGGCUCAGUCAUGGCAUUGUAUUGGCUGGUUCUGCAAACCCCCUCACCUCAACAUAUUGUUAUCAGCACUAAUGUAAAACAAUCAUCGCAUAAGAAGCAUCCGAAAAAACUGAUGAAUUUCCUGAUAAAAUAUCUCUCUUAAAACACAACCUUGGUCCUGUGUACAUUCCAAAAGGAUAAUCAUGGAAAUAUUGAGCAACUGUAUGAACCAAUUCCACCUUUGAUGAAAUGGUAGCAUGUCUGUACUUUACAAAAACAUACAUGUACAGACAGGGUUGGAAGGCACUGGACCAGAUAUUUCUGUCUAUAUCUUGGUUUAAUAAAGAAUUGUAAGUCACACAGACAGAAGGUAACAGACUCUAACCUAAAAAACUAAAGUGCAUUUUUCCAGUGAAUUUAAGUGUGACGUAUCCAUCGAACUACGUGCUUGACUUUGUCCAUGUGUGGCUACAGCAGCACUGAAUGUCCCAAGAACUUCUAAACACAUAUUUGAACAGUUAUUUAAUUUUUCAGGUGUGAUUUCGAGGCUUUUUGGCAGGAAACUGAUUGUUUUGUAUUAUGAGCAUUAUGAAAACUGGGCAAGGGUUUGGUUUUAAAUGUGAAAAGAUUUUGAAGGUUAUCUCAGACUUGAAAGUCACAAGCCUUUUCUGUUUAAUUACCUGAUGUGGACAUAGUAAAUCCAUACUUGUAGUGUGUGAACAUGCUGAAAGAUAAUGUGGUCAAUAGACAGAAGACAGACGAUGAUUUUGUGUGUUCAUGUUGACUUUAAUGCCUAUUGAGUAAGUGUACAUCUUCAGCACAUGUCAUGCCGUAGGAAGAGUCGAGAAGUCUGUGAGCUGCUGUGAGCUCACCUGGGAGCUGAACGAACAGCAAACCUCUGUGAGGUUUAUGUUGUCGAUACGUCAAGACAAAAAAAAUCGUAACUAUCUAUGAUUCAAGGAAACUCCAAUCUGUAAAACUUAGCAUUGGUUUAGUAGAGAUUCACUGUAUAAUUGUUUAUCGAUUCCCUUCUGCAAAGUAGAGUAUGUAGAUAAGAUCAGCAGGAGAAAAUGUAUUUUGCUAAAUUUAUACUGUUAUAAAUGAAUUCUGUUCACAGUCAAAUAUGUUAGAGAUGCUAUUUAUUUCAUUAAAGAGGUCACUUUAACCUACUUCCUCACUUUACCCCAGUUCCACAGCCCCAAACCGUGUUUAUUUAUUUAAUGGAAAUGCAUUAUAUUAUGGUAUAUUGGAUUACUAUCAUCCAGAUGGGAAGAUGUAUGCAAAUCUUCUUUUAUGAUGGCUAAUAUAUUUCUACAAGGUGAACAUGAAAUGGAAAUGUUGAGCUUCUCCAAGAAUUAAGGGGACACUCCCUUAGAGUAGGGAAAGUAGGGUUUAUCUUAUGUAACUGGACCUUUACUACUCUUGAAAUCCCAAUUAGGACCUGGUCUAAAGUAUGGCCGUGCUGAUACAUGGUUAUACUAUAUUACUGUUACCCUUAUGUGUACUGUAGCUUUCCAUGCAGGUGAUUCAAAGACUCAAGUUUGCUUGUAUUUCACCUCUGUAAUAUGUACAAUUAAUUGAAAAUUUCACCAUAAUCAAAAUUUGUUGGAAUUACAACAGGGUUUCUGAUUUGGCUGAUUCAGUCAGUCUGGUUACUGAAAAUAUACAGCUUUUUUAUAAAUUAAUGUGAAUAAUAAUGUCAUUUUACACAAAAUUGUGUGAAAUGUGAGAGAAAAGUAAUGCAAAAUGUAAGCUACAUAACUUGUGUUCCAUUAGAAGUGUGUGAUAUGAGUUUUGAUUUUCCAGCAGUCACAAUGGUAUGCCUUUUUAUGUAUACCUUUAUUUUGAGUUGCAUAGCUUCUAUCACUUGGCAGAAAACCUCUCAACAAUACGAAAAAUAUGUUGGUGCCAACCAGGGUUUUCUUUGUGGACAUGCAGAAUUUCUAUGAAUAUAGUUUUUGUAAGAUUUUGUAAAAAAAAAAGGAAAAAAAGAGAUUUUGUUUUCCUAGUAACUAUGUGUUAAGAGAACAUUAAAAUAACCGACAUCUGAGUAAAACAUGGGGAAAUUCAACAAAAUAUUAUAGAAAAGCUAUUGAAUUAUUUUCUUUUUAACACAUUGUGAAUAAUUCAAUUGUACAGUUUGCUGUAUGGGUUAUAUGAAGUUUUAAAUAAAAAAUACAAACUA